CGACCAUUGGCCACCGUUGACCGGUCGCAUAUUUUCUCACUUACUCACCACCACUUUACGACCGCUGUCCCUCGAUAUUUCGCUUUCUUCAACACCAAGGGGGACAGGCGGCAAGAACUCAAGCACUGCAACCCCACGCGCGCGUUUCGACCGGUCCGCGCUCGAGAGAGAGAGGGUGGGGGCGCAGGGUGAAGUUAUAGAUAUAUAUAUAUAUAUCGAUUUGUCCCUGCGACGUGGCACGGCGUUGCUCCGUUACCGUACCGCCCAGGCCAUGAGGAGGGCCGCAUAGAUUCUCUCUCUCUCUCGGAUUCGAAAUGGCCCCAUUUGCCGCAACGAGCGGCCCGGGGCAGGGCCCCGGACAAAACCACGACAUAAUACCCGGUCCCGACCGUGCCGACCAUCACGACCAUCACGACUAUACCGACUACGCCGACCCUCCGAGCGACCCUGCCGAGAUCACGGCGGUGCAGAAGAUGCUCUCGGCCACGUCAGGAAGCCUGUUGACAGGCUUGUUAGCAACCCCCCUCGACGUCGUCCGCGUCCGGUGGCAGUCCCAAAGCCUCUCUCAACCGCCCGCCAUCGACUUCACCAAGCUCGCCUUCCCUACCACCCUCAGCCGCGGCGGCACCACUGCCUUCCGCCCCGCCGACCUGGGCGUGACCGCCUGCUGCCGCGAAGUCUUCUUCACCACCAACACCUCCGAGGUCUGCGUCCUCGGCCCCCGCCUGCCCUCCUCGUCCCUCGCCGGCUUGCAGGCGCCGGCGCCGGCGCCCGUGACCUGCGCCGUCGAGGAGACCCAGCAGCGGACCUUCACCUCGACCUUCGACGGCCUCCGCAAGAUCGCCCGCAACGAGGGCAUCACGACGCUCUGGCGCGGCCUCUCGCCCACCCUCCUGUUCCGCACCCGCCUCCAGGCGGCCCAGGGCACCACCACCACCACCGCCGGCGGCAGACGGGGCGGCCACCUGGCGAGCACCUUCCGCGGCAUCAAGGACAUGGUCGCCGUCCACGGCUAUCGCUCCCUGUGGCGCGGCCUGACCCUCACGCUGUGGCGGGACGUGCCCUUCUCCGGCAUGUACUGGUGGGGGUACGAGACGAUCCGGGGGCGCCUGAGCGACGCGCGGGAGAGCGCCGCCGCCGCGCGGAGCCACGGCGGGCUGGACCUGGACCUGGACCUGGACCGGGAUCUCAAUCCGGACGGGCACCGCGGUCGCGGGGAGCGGCGGCUCGACGAUCGUCCGGGCCCCGAAGCGGACGAGCCGAGGGCGAGGGCGAGGGCGAGGAGGCGCUCGCGCAGCCGCGCCAACGAGAACCACGCCGACACCUUCACCGACAGCUUCAUCGCCGGCGCCGCGUCCGGCGCCUUCGCCAGCAUCGUCACCAUGCCCUUCGACGUGGGCAAGACGAGGACGCAGGUCUUCCGGGACACCAAUGUUUCUUCUUCUUCUUCCUCUUCUUCUUCUGCGUCGUCAGAUGCUGCAGCAGCAGGCAGCGGCGGCGCGGCAAAGGGCGUGGUGGGCGGUCCGAAGGCCGCGGCCACCCUGGCCCCCGAGGAACGCAACAUGGUCCGGCUGCUGUGGCACAUCUUCCGCACCGAGGGCCUCCCGGGCCUGUUCCGCGGCUGCGUCCCGCGCACCCUGAGGGUCGCGCCGGCCUGCGCCAUCAUGAUCAGCAGCUACGAGGUCGGCAAGAGGGUGUUCAGGGGUGUAAACGAACGGGCGCUUGCGGAGCGGAAAGGGGAUCUCGGCGGCUCAUGACUGAGCUCUACCCCUCCACCCCCCCAAUCUGAUGAAUCUCUUUCAGCCCCUUUUCUUUCCUGUUUUGUAUCUCUUCUUCUUUCUUUGGUGUUCCCAUCUUAGAGAGCCUUUCUGUUCUUCCAUCGGGUUUCAUCACGGCAUCUCAUCUGGCAGCAUGUUUGGCGUUCUUCGUUCUCGGAGUUGACUGGUACCGGAUUUUUUUUCUCUCUCCUGUUGCCGGCAUUCUUGGAGUCAGUCGGUCGACAGGAGUUGGUUCAAGGAAAGGGGCCCCUCUCCCCCCCUUUUCGGUGUUUGGUGGGAAAGUGAAACUCUCGACUCAAGUGCGGAAGAAAAAGAGAAAAAAAAUAGGGCCGCAUUGCUAGAUUGGGAUGAUUAGACCAUGCCCACAUGGGCAUCUCGCAUGUAGCUAAUCUGUACAAAGUAUGUACAUGUAUUUUUUUUCC